AAAAAAAAAAGUCGUAGUUACAAGGAUUUGUCUUUGUUGAGGAAUUCUAACUGAUCAAGCAAUGGAAGAUUUGUUAAGAGAAAUUCUGCUUCGAUUGUCCCCCAGAUCUGUUCUGCGCCUCCAAUGCGUCUCCAAGCAGUGGCUUUCCAUCAUAUCCUGCCCCAAAUUCAGGCGCCUCCAUUCCCGUCGCUCUGCCGCCUUCGUCACGGGACUCUUCUUCCCCCCUCCAACGCACAUUCCAUUACCCGCCGGGCCGCAUUUUGUAGCUCUGCGAAAUCAAAAACCGCAACAUAACACAAUCGCAAACCGCCUAAUCGAGCUGUGCGGUGGCCGGUUUGUGGUAAGUCUCAGUUCUUGCAACGGAUUGUUGUGCAUAGGGUUAUCAGAUGAGAAUGCGUUAUUUAGAGAAUGCGAAUAUUAUGUUUACAACCCCACCACCAAUCAACGUAGGCGUAUUCCACAAGUACAGAGUGAGAGCAAAUAUGUUAGUAAUGUUGCCAUAGCUUUUGAUGCCUCCAAGUCCAAUCACUACAAGCUGGUGUGCGUUUGUGGAUAUUUUAGAGUGUGGGUGUUUUCCUCGGAAUCAAGGGUUUGGAGGAACACGGGAAAGCGACUACCCGGCGGUUGUUUAAAUUUCUAUAGCUUUCCUAGCCCCUAUUUGAAUGGGGCAAUUCAUUGGUAUGUGUUUAAGAACGAGUUUUUGUGCUUGGACAUUGAUAGUUGUGAGCUUAGGCCAAUGCCUUGUAUUUCAUGUGUAAAUAAUGAUCCGGGAUGGUGCAAGUAUUUGGGUGAGUGUGGAGGGCAUUUGCAUUUCAUAGGGGAGCGUGGUAGGGGUGGCCAGUUGUUGAAUGUUUUUGAAAUGAAGAAUGACUAUUCUCAGUGGGUUUUCAAGUAUCAAGUUGAUGUGGGUUAUGUGGAAAGAUUUUACCCUAUUGACAUGGAUGAGUUUAAUAUGCGUUUACAGUUUUCCAUAAAUUUACUACUUACUGGUCAUGAAGAAGGAGAAGGACUGGUGAUUUCACUCCCUAAUGGCAAAGUCAUAUUCUGGCGCUUGCACGAUAUGAGCAUCACACAACUUGUUGAGAGUUGUAAUGAAAUCCAACACCACAUGUCCAGGUGCUACUACACCUCCAAACACAUUGACACGCUUGCAUUUAUAUAUUGAAGAUGAAGAUCAAGAUUAAGAUGAAGAGAACAUGCAUUGCAUGGACUGCAAUAAAUGAUACGUUAGUUAGUUAGUUGUCACUCAAUUAAGAGAAAUUACAUUUUUCGUGCAUUAAUUAUAUUAUUUAUGUUUUCUGGAUUUUCAGUGUUUGGGUAUUCAAUGAAAAUUUUUCAUGCAAAAAUGUGAAAAAUAGUACACAUGGCAAAUUGUCAUAGUCAUAAAUAUAUGUUCUUGAGUUAAUAUACUUCUCUAGAUAUUCAACAGUUGCAUUCAGAUUUCGGACUUCCACUUUCCUAGGAAAAUGUUGCUGUUUUUAAAGACUGCUUUUAGAAUUCCAGUUUUAUAUUUAAUCUGUCAAAAAUAUUUACUGCUCUGCAACAACUGAUGAUUCAUAUAUAAUUAUAAGUACUGGGGUGUUGACAACUUCAGUUACUAUUCCCUUCUGCUGUCAUUAUGUUGCAUUGGCAGGAAAAC